AUGGUCUUGUAUCUGCAAUGGUUUCUCAAGUCUUGAUCUCAGCCCUCUGCCUGGUCUUGUCACUGGAAACUUGGCUCGAAUAUGAAACACAGGUCUUGCCCAUCUUCUUCACGACAGGAAUCGAGGACAGCCCCCGCCUACAACACAUGCCAACAUAACCGCGACACCAGUGAAGAAAAGCCCACACAACACCGCAGUGGGAACACAAGCUCGCCACGUCGUCAAAAAAGAGGUGCAAACAGGCAUGAACCCAGUGGCCAGGACCAGAGUGAUGACGACGAAUGCCCAGAUGAGUCCAAAAGGAAGAAACCGCGACUUCGAGGUUCGGCCGCCGACAAGAAUCACGACGGUCUCAGCUUAGCCUGUCCGUUCUACAAGGUAGACAAACGCAACCACAACCGGUGCGCUUUAUUACAGCUGAAUAGGAUCAGAGAUGUGAAGCAGCAUUUGUGCCGAAAGCACAGUCAACCUCACUAUUGCUCGAGGUGCGGCCGAGAGUUCGAGACGCAAGAGGAGGAGAGGCGCCACACAAGGCAACAGGACUGCACCAAGCGGGCCAACCAACCGCCAGAAGGCAUCACCCACGAUCAGCAGAGGGAUCUCAAGGAGAGGGUGGAUCGCAAGCUCGCCGUAGAGCAGCAAUGGUUCGCCGUCUGGGACAUCGUCUUCCCCGGUAAGCAGCGGCCACGUUCUCCCUAUGUCUACAGUCCGACCCGCGAAGUGGCGACGAACAUGCGAAGUUACUGGCAGGAGACCACGGCGGAGAUGCUGGCCGAUCGCGCCAGCCGUGUACCGGGUGUCGACAGUGAAAGAAUCAUUAGCGGUUUAAAUACGUUCAUAAAAAUCUUCUUCGAUCGAUUCAUCGAGGAACAUACCUCCAGUACCGAGGGAGAGCAAGUUUCGGAUUCAUCCUCGGAUGGCAGCCCAGGGACAGUGAUUUCCUCUGGAAGGACGUCGGCUAUAUCAACACCAGGUAAUGGUCAAACACCCUUACUCGAGUCCUUUCGGGACUUGCUUUCUGUCAUGGGCGGUACCGGCAACCAAAAUUUCAUGCUAGAUGGCGAUUCAAUGUUCACCGACUAUCAGUCCCUGGGCGUUGCAGACCAGCAGUGGGAGAUCACGCCAAGUGAUGAUGCUUAUGAGUGGGAUGAGUUUCCCACAACUGGCCCGUACUUUCAUGGAGACCCUCUUACUUGAGGCACAGCUUUAGGUGUGUAUUUGUUAAAGGUGACGCGGAAACCUACAGGAAACCACGAUAACUGAACGCCUUCAGAACCUCCUAUUUCGAC